AUGUCGACUAUCAUUAAAAUCAACCACAAAACCUCAAGAAUGGAUACAGAGAAAUACAGCAGUUUGCAUGAACUUGAUUAUAGUGUCAAGAAAGAGGAACCUGAUUCUGAUAAAGAAACCAUUUUUCAAGAAACCACACUAAAGCGUCACCUGACACUGUUUUCUGUCGUUGUCAUGCUGGUAUCCGUGACUGGACACAUCGCUGUCUUCAUCACGCCUGGGUCCAUCCUGCACAUGUCCGGCUCAGUGGUCACCACUCUGGUCAUCUUAUGUGUGGGCAGUCUGUUGGUCUACACUCAAGCCCUGUGUUUCACUGAGAUGGGCUGUAUGUUUCAAAGUGCCGGGGGAGCUUACCUGUAUCUGACGUUAACGUUUGGCAACAUGUAUGGAUUUCUGGUGGUUUGGGGCUACAUUAUUCUCAUCUCAGGACCUUUUAUUGCGUUGGCGUCUCAGAUUGCUGCGCUGUAUGUCAUCAAGGCAGUCACUUCAAACAGUAGCUGUAACCUCUGGUGGCAUGAGGUUGCUGUUCAUCUGUUGGCUGGAUGGCUGUUAUUGACUCUGGCCGUCUUCAACUGCUUCUUUCUGAGAGUGUUAGUGAGGAUGCAGAGCUUCUUCACCGCUUGCAAGAUGCUGGCCAUUGGUAUCAUCAUUGUUGGGGGCAUUUAUUUUUCACUCACAGAUUCAGCAUUGAACAUCACAGAACCACUAGAAGGAUCACACUUUGAGCCAGGACGUAUCUCGCUGGCCAUACUCUAUGUGAUCUUCUCAACAGGUGGCUGGCAGUCUGUGACUACCUUAACGGAAGAAGUCAAAAAUCCUGCCAGAAUCCUGCCUCUAGCUGUGCACAUCACAUUUGCUGUUGUUGUGUUCCUGUUUUUGCUCACCUAUACCAGUUAUAUGGUAGUGCUGGAGAAACAAGACAUCAUAGAGGCCAAGGCUUUAGCUUUAAUGUUCUGUCAACACUUAUGGUCUCCUUUGGUGCCUGUGAUGUUGAUCCUGGUGGCACUCACCUGUGUAGGUACUCUCUCCACUACUAUCAUGGGACAUUCCAGAAUGCUCUUUGCUGCAGCACGGAAAGGUGAUAUGCCAUCUUUACUUUGCACUGUUCAUCCCACUAAACGAACACCAGUGAUGGCUAUCUGUGCAGUUAUUCUGAAUGGAUUUAUUAUGAUGUACUCUGGGGGAAUGGUCAAACUGAUGCAGUUCAUUGGUCUCUACUCCAUGAUAAUGGGCUUGAAAGUUGUUGUUGCACUGUUGUACCUCAGGCUGACCAAGCCUCAGCUACCCAGACCAUACAAGGUUCCCUUGUUUGUCCCUGUGCUGCAGGUUUUCACCACUAUGGGUCUCCUAUGCCUCAUCAUCUUCCAAGAACCCAGGUGGAUGUCUGUUGGGGUCCUGAUAUCCCUGUCUGGGAUCCCCGUUUAUCUUGUGGGUGUCAGGUGGAGAAAUAAGCCCAAGAGUUACAUCAGAUUUAUAGGUUAUUUGACGGCCUGCAUUCAGAAGUUACUGAACCUAGUGCCUUGUUAA